AUGCCUGAGUUAGAGGAAUUGAGACAGACUAGGACAAAUUGCAAAACUCGAUUGACUAAAUUUAAAACGUAUAUAGAAAAAUGCACGAAUGAAAAUUUUAACGAUAUUGUGGAUGUAGAGGAACUUAAACUUAGAUUAGCAAAGAUAGAAGAGACGUGGGAUAUUUAUGAUAGAACUCAAAGUAAAUUAGAAAUACUUGUGCCGAAUCCAAAUCGCGAAACUGAACGUAUGGAAUUUGAAGAUAAUUAUUUUCGUCUUUGUGCAGUAGCUUCGAAAUUAAUAAAAGAACGUUCAGCUACAUUUGUAACGAGUAGAUUUCAAGAAUCGGAAGUUGAUCAGGGACAUAAUCGGGAGCGAAUCGCACAGCUUGAAGCUGCACUUGCACUUCAAAGGGAAAAUGAGCUUGCGACUUUGCGUGAGCUUACGGCUUCUAGAGGUAGUAGUAUACAUUCUGGUUCGCACUUCCCUUUACCGAAACUUGAUUUGCCAACUUUUACAGGGGAUUAUAAAGAUUGGUUGGGGUUUAAAGAUGCAUUUAAGGCCAUAAUUCAUGAGGAUGCGUCAAUUCCAAAAAUUCAAAAAUUAAGAUAUUUAAGGGCUUAUGUAAAAGAUAACGCGGCAAAAGUAAUCGAUAAUUUGUCAACUUCUGAUAAUAAUUAUAAUGUAGCUUGGGACUUACUAAACGAACGAUACAACAACGAACGCAUAAUUAUUCAAAACCAUAUGCAGUCGAUUUUUGAAUUGCCUAAUGCAAAUAGAGAUUCCUCGUUUAAUUUGAGAAAUUUGGUAGACUCGAUGUUAAGACAUGUGCGGGCUUUGAAUGUAUUAGGCCAGCCCACUGAUAGUUGGGAUACGCCCUUAAUUUGUCUUAUCACUGGUAAGCUGGACAGGGACACUCGGACGGAGUGGGAAAAAUCGGUAACGGGGAGUGCGAUGCCUACCUUUGAAUGUUUCAGUAAAUUUCUAAAGACAAGAUGCGAGAUACUCGAAACUAUUAAGAGUGACAGUAAUAACCAAAUAGAGCCUCUGAAGUCGACGGCUGGUGGGGGGUCGCACACUCAUACGAAUAGAAGGAAUUUAAGCAAAGCAUUUGUAAAUACUCAGGGUCCAAUUUCUUGUCCGAUGUGUAGCGAAAAUCAUUACAUUCAAAAUUGUCAGCAGUUUACAAAAUUGUCAACAGAUGAAAGAGUUCAAAUUGUAAAAAAGAAAGGUUUAUGUUUUAACUGUUUUAGGCGUAAUCAUAGAAUCAAUGAAUGUCGUUGUAGUAAUUGUACCAUUUGUGGAAGGAAACAUCAUACGCUGUUGCAUGCUGAACGAGAUAAGGAAAAAAUACAAAAUAGCGAUAGUUCAUCAAAUGUAAAAAAUAUGCAUGUCUUAGACGCGUCAAGAGUUUUAUUGUCUACAGCAAAUAUAGGAUUGUUUGACACAUUAGGAAAUUCUCAUUCAUGUAGAAUAUUACUCGACAGUGGCUCUCAGCCAAACUUAAUUACCGAAGAAUGUGUAACGCGAUUACGACUAAAGAAAAGAAAAUUUGACUCGUCUAUUGAAGGUGUAAAUAAUAAUGCAAUAAAAAGCGCAGAAUGGGUAGAUGUAAAAUUUAAAUCACAUGUUUCAGGAUAUGCAGGCAGACUUUCUUUCAUGGUACUUCCUCACAUUACCAGUCACCUUCCCAACUUCCCAAUAAAUAAAGAUAAUCUUAGCAUUCCUUCUCAAAUUCAAUUAUCGGAUCCCAGUUUCCACAAACCAGGUAAAAUUGAUGCGUUAGUUGGUGGAGAAAUUUUUUAUGAAUUAUUACAAGAUGGAAAAAUUCCCUUAGCAGCACCACGACUUUAUUUACAAAGUACUAAACUUGGUUGGAUAGUUGUAGGAAAGGUGGGAGUUCCUGGAAGUUCAAGUCUGAGAUGUCAUAUGGUUCGAGAUUCACUUUCAGAACAAGUGGAAAAAUUUUGGAAGCUGGAGAACAUAGAGGAAAGAUGUCACAAGUCUGAGGAGGAAAUUACAUGCGAGGAACAUUUUGUUUCAAAUUUUCGAAGGAUGAAUGAUGGUAAAUAUAUGGUUAGUUUACCAUUUACGGACAAAUUACAAGAAUUGGGUUCUUCUUUUGAAAUUGCAGCAAGAAGAUUUUUUACGCUGGAGAAAAGAUUGGAACGUAAUCCAGAUCUAAAGAUUCAAUAUCACGAAUUUAUGAAGACUUACUUAGACUUGGGACAUAUGCAGCCAGUAGAGACAAAAAAGGAAGAAGGGUAUUUUAUACCUCACCAGGCAGUUAUUCGGGAAUCGAGUUUGUCAACAAUUCUGAGAGUGGUAUUUGACGCUUCUUCGGAAACAUCUACAGGGAUUUCAUUGAAUGAUGUAAUGAGAGCCGGUCCAAUAAUACAGGAUGGAAUUUUUGAACUCAUGCUUCGAAUUAGGCAACAUCCAAUAGUUCUGGGUGCCGAUAUUGAAAAGAUGUUCCGUCAAUUUUGGGUGGAGCCUGCAGACAGAAAAUUUCAAAAAAUUUUGUGGAGAUUCAAUUCCAGUGAGCCUGUGAGUACUUACGAAUUAAACACCAUAACGUAUGGUACAUCAGCUGCUCCCUUUUUGGCAGUCAGGUGUUUAAAGCAGCUAGCAGACGACGAAGAAGAAAGAUUUCCUAUAGCUGCACUUGUGUUACGAGAGGAUUUCUUCGUGGAUGAUAUGCUCACGGGAGCAGAGACCAUGGAAGAGGCUGUGGAAAUAAGAGAUCAGAUAAUAGGGAUAACAAAUGCUGCUGGGUUACGAUUGUCAAAAUGGACGUCUAAUUGCUAUAAUUUAAUCGAGGAUCUUCCAAAUACAAUCAUCAAGAUGCGAGUGAAUCUGGAUAAAGAACAUUCUUCAACCUCGAGGAUGUUGGGAGUGUGUUGGAAUCCUGAAGAGGAUACACUCUUGUUCGAGAUAAAUCAAUCUUCCGAAAAGCAGCUCAUUUCUAAGAGAACAAUACUUUCAAAGGUUGCGCAACUUUACGACCCACUUGGAUUAAUAUCCCCUGUAAUAAUUUGCGCAAAAAUCAGCCUACAGGAAUUGUGGAAAAAUAAACUGGACUGGGACGAUCCUGUUCCUGUUGAAGCGGUGGAAUUCUGGAAGGAUUACGUUGAACAGCUGAAACGAUUAAAUGAAUGGUCUAUUCCAAGAACAAUACGUCGCGAGAAAAAUGAAUUAAUAGAGAUUCAUGGUUUUUCAGAUGCGAGCGAGAAGGCAUACGGAGCGUGUCUGUACUUGAGAGUGAUCAGAAAUGGAAAUUAUUAUAAUUUACUAUUGUGCUCUAAGUCACGGGUAGCGCCCUUACAUUUCGUUACCAUCCCGAGAUUGGAAUUGUGCGCAGCGCUGUUGCUGGUUCGACUGCACAAGGCAGCGGUGGCGGCCUUGAGAUUGAGUAUUUCACGAGUGGUGUUUUGGACUGACUCCACUAUUGUACUAAAUUGGAUAAAUACUCCUUCACAUGAACUCAAAACAUUCGUGGCCAACAGGAUCGCUGAAAUUCAGGAAUUCACGAGUAGUGAAGAAUGGAAACAUGUUCCAACGAAAGAGAAUCCAGCGGAUUUAAUUUCUCGUGGAUUAUCACCCUCAGAAUUUAUCGAAAGUAAUCUUUGGAAAAGAGGUCCAGAAUGGUUGGAGCAACCGGAAGCUGUGUGGCCUGAACAAAAAUGGAAGGCAGUGGAAGUUCCUGAAAGGCGAGCAAUUAAAUCCUUGACAGUCAAGACGAUUGAGAAAUUUGAAUUAAGUGAGCGUUUUUCAUCUUGGACUGUUUUGGUACGUGUGGUUGCUUAUUGUUUACGGUUCGUGAGAUUUAAGAAAGGUGAAUUACGCAAAGGUUUGCUUUCGGUUGAGGAAUUCAAGUCAGCUGAAUUGCGAAUAUUACUACUGGUCCAACGCGAGGCAUUUGCAGGGGAAAUCAGGGAUCUGUCAAGUGGUGGGGAGGUUUCAAGGGGAUCGAAAUUGAUUCGCUUGAGUCCGAUGAUGGAGAAAGGCUUACUGAGAGUGGGGGGAAGAAUUAAAUAUUCUAAUUUAAAUCAUGAUCAGAAACAUCAGAUAAUCCUUCCUAAAAAUCAUCCCAUAACACUUCUCUUGAUUCGUGAGUACCAUGAGAGAGCUUUGCACGCGGGAGUAAAUUGUACAUUAUAUUCGCUUCGACAAAAUUAUUGGAUUGUAGAUGGAAGGAGCGCCGUAAAAAGUUGUAUUUAUAAAUGUGUAAAAUGUGCGAGAUCCAAUCCAAAAGAAUUUGGUUAUAAAAUGGGAAAUUUACCAGAAGUUAGACUUAAAUCAGCGAGACCUUUUGAGAACGUAGGUGUAGAUUUUUGUGGUUAUUUUUUCGUCAAGGAGAAAAAAUAUAGAAAUAAAAAUAGAAUAAAAAUUUAUGUCGCAGUAUUUGUUUGUAUGGUCACCAAGGCGAUUCACUUGGAAGUUGUUUGUGAUUUAACCACUGAUGCAUUUUUGGCGUGUUUGCGUAGGUUUUUUGCGAGAAGGGGAAAAUGCAAGGCAUUGUAUUCUGACAACGGGACGAAUUUUAAGGGCGCAAAAAAUGAGCUUGAGGAACUUUACAGCAUGCUAAAUUCGGAAAAAGAUCGAGAAAAAAUAACAAAAAAUUUAGCUGAACAAAAAAUUGAAUGGCACUUUAUUCCGCCACGUACGCCACAUUUUGGAGGCAUCUGGGAAGCUGCUGUAAGGUCCUUCAAACACCAUUUAAAAAGAACAAUCGGGGAAACAUUGUUGUGUUACGAUGAGUUCGAGACGCUUGUGUGUGAAAUAGAGGCGAUUUUGAACUCUCGCCCUCUUACGCCGAUGUCAUCUGAUCCGCACGAUUUAAUGGUUUUGACUCCAGCGCAUUUUUUAAUAGGGCAAUCCUUCCAAACUGUUCCAUCUGUGGAUUAUUCAGAUAUUAAAGUAAAUCGACUUUCUGUGUGGCAGCACAUUCAAAAAAUGAAAAUUGAUUUUUGGAAACGUUGGCACACAGAAUACUUGAAUGAAAUUACAGUGAAAAAUAAAUGGCAUACGGGAGAGUCAAAAGUAGAAAUUGGUGGAUUUGUUUUGUUGAAAGAUGAUAAUCAAACACCACUAAGAUGGUUGUUGGGAAGGAUUGAGAAGACUUAUCCGGGAAAGGAUGAUAUUGUUCGUGUGGUGGAUGUGCGUACGAAGGAUGGAGUAUAUAAGCGUGGAUUAAAGACAUUGUCUCCGUUGCCGAUUGAAAUGUAA